UAUUCCAUCGUCUGCAUCAAGUGCUGCAUUUCCAAGUGGCUUUUUGAAGGAUACAAACAAUUCAUUUUAUUUCCUGGGAGUGGACUUCACAAUGUACCCACAUUACAUACAUACUGACCAUUAAGAAGUUUAAUCAUUUUUUUACACGGUUCUCAGCAGUCAGUUAUCUUCGCGCAUUGGUUCUGUAAACAACAACACGAAAAAGUUGACCAAGUGUUACAGUAAUAAACCUAAUUCUUAAUGUGUUGUCUACAUUACUAAGUUGUAUUAUUCUAACAGUUGAUUAAUAUCCAGUUCUAUCUUUUUUUUUGUUCUGGUUUACGUUGCUGUAUACAUAAGUGAUUAAUUUGAAAUAAAUUAUUUUACUUUUUAUCAAAUACUUACUAGAGUACGUCCAGUACUCAAUCAUGAGUAAAAUAGUGCGUUGAUUUUUGCUCAACUGUGAUGCGCUCUUUUUGUGUUUAAAAUUAAAAAAGAGAGAUUAGCAACAAUGGCAUUUAGUAGAAGUUGUUCAUUAUUGUUUCUGGGCAUUUUUUGUACGUGUGGGUUUGUCGAUCCUUACAGAGUAGGUGUAGGAAUAGCUGACGUCACAGGACCUGUUGCAGAAGUAACAUUUAUGGGAUAUGCGAAAUUGGAACAAAAAGGAAUGGGACUGCACUUGAGACAAUACUCCAGGGCGUUUGUUAUAGAAGAUAACGGAAAUCGUAUGCUUUUCGUUAGUGUGGAUGUUGGGAUGAUAGGCCCUGCCAUGAGAAAAGAAGUACUAGAAAGAUUAAACAGAAAAUUUGGCACACUGUAUAACGAACAGAAUUUUAUUUUAAGCGGUACCCACACCCAUUCAGCACCUGGUGGGUUCCUAAUGCACCUUUUGUUUGACUUACCCAGCCUGGGCUUUGUUAAACAGACUUUUACAGCUUUAGUUUCUGGAAUAACUCAGUCUAUUCUUAGGGCUCAUAAUUCAAUGGUUGAGGCUAGAAUUUUUUUGAAUUCAGGAGAACUAUUAAACGUUAACAUAAAUCGUAGUCCUGCCGCAUACUUGUUCAACCCCGAGGAAGAAAGGAAUGAGUAUAAAUACGACGUUGAUAAAGAAAUGACGCAACUAAAGUUUUUAUCAGCAUACAAUAAUGAACCAUUAGGGGUAAUAAACUGGUUCGCUGUUCAUCCUACUUCGAUGAACAACACAAAUCGUCUGGUAUCGUCUGAUAAUGUCGGUUACGCAUCCAUUUUGUUUGAGGAAUAUGCUAAUGGAGGCCUUCCAGGAAAGGGUCCAUUUGUCGCUUCAUUUGCUUCAAGCAACCUUGGCGAUGUUUCGCCGAAUAUAAAGGGUCCUCACUGUCUGAAUUCUGGGCUUCCGUGCAACGAUGUUUCAAGUACUUGUGACGGCGAGGCGAAAAUUUGCAUCGCUUCAGGACCCGGUCGUGACAUGUUCGAAAGCACCAGAUUGAUUGCAACAAGGCUUUUCGAAAAGGCAAAGGAACUGUGGGGAAAUGGGAACGAGCAGGAGGUCCUUGGUCCACUCAGAGUAGGCCAUCAAUUUGUUGACAUGCCCAAACAAACAGCCCAUUAUAUAGCCCGCAAUGGGUCUUCGAUCAAGGUACGAGGAUGUUUACCAGCAAUGGGAUACAGUUUUGCUGCUGGUACGACCGAUGGUCCUGGAGAAUUCGAUUUUAAACAGGCCACCCUGACAGGAAACAGGAUGUGGAAUACUUUAAGGGACCUAAUUGCCGCCCCCACAUCCGACGAAAAGGAAUGUCAUUAUCCGAAACCCAUUUUGUUGAACACCGGAAAGAUCAGUUUUCCUUACGAGUGGCAACCGAAAAUUGUAUCGGUUCAAGUAGCAUUGUUAGGGGAUGUGGCCAUUGGCGCAGUUCCCGGCGAAUUCACCACAAUGUCUGGAAGACGCCUCCGAAAAGCUAUCGCCGCAGCUUAUCAGCAAAAUGGAAGAAGUGUCAGGAAAGUGAUAAUCGCUGGCCUCAGUAACGUCUACAGCGAUUACAUUACCACCCCAGAAGAAUAUCAGCUGCAGAGGUACGAAGGAGCUUCAACUAUUUAUGGUCCGCACACAUUAACAAUUUACUUAAAAGUUUACAGAGAAUUAACGAACUCGCUGUUAUUGGAUAGGAAAAUCGACCCAGGUCCUAAUCCACCUGAUUUUUCUAAUAAACUUAUUUCGUUGGUGCCACCCGUUAUUUUUGAUUGUUCAGGGUUUACCAACAGGUUUGGCGAAUGCAUCCAGCAACCCCAUAAACGGGUCAAAAGGGGCGAAGUGGUAAAAGCUAUUUUCAUAUCUGGAAAUCCCCGAAAUAAUUUAAUGCACGGAAAGACAUUUUUAACUGUGGAAAAAUUUAAUAAAGAAAAUUGGGAUGUGGUGGCAACAGACUCCAACUGGGAAACAAAGUUUAUAUGGAUGAAAAGCUCAAAGCUUUCUCCAAACAGUGAAGCUAUUAUUGAAUGGGAGACGGGAUCGAAGACUGAGCUCGGAACUUACAGGAUACGUCACAUAGGAUUUUAUAGAUACAUAUUUGGUGGGAUCCAUCCUUACGAAGGAUUAACGGAAGCGUUCGAAGUUGUUGAUAAUUAAAUCAAUGUUUUAAUAAUUUUUGUAAAUAUUACCUGAAAUACGUAAAAAACUGUAAUACUUUUAAUAAAAUACUAAUUUAA